CAUAUGUUCGUUAUAUACAUGUUGCUAGUUACCAAGGCAUUCUUCUGUGAAAAUCAACCGUAAUUGGAAUGAAAAAAAACGACAACAACGAGUAAAAACGCACUAAAGUAUGUGUUUCAUAUGAACGCCCCAGCAAAAACUAAUUAAAAAACUGUGACAUCUUGUAACAUCCGCAGGUGGUAAACACUCAGUCACUUGUCACCACGAUGAGCGGCUACGUAUACAUAUUUUCAGAUCAAAGUUUAUAACAAAAAAUAAAAAAAAACAAGCAAAGUAUGCAACGGUACUUGCCACACUUACCGCGGCAUGACAUAUGUUGUGGCAUUCACUUAGUAAAAUAUUAAUUAAAAAUGUUUUUAUUUUAACGACGAGCACAGAGCACAAGCGACUUACAUUCUCGUGGAUAAUGACAAAGAUUUUGUCGUUGUUGUCGUCGUUCUGGUGAAUAUAUAAAAAAAACCCCAAACCAAAACACAAACAUAAACAAACAAGCAAACAAAAAAAAAACUUCUACAUAAACACUCAAAGCAAGCUAAGCUAAGGCAAAAAGAAUAAAUGAAACAAACAGUCCCUAAUGUAUCUUUUAUUCGACUUGCAUAUUGCGUUGCGUUAAAUAAAUACAUGUGAACGAACAACGAACGAGGCCGAAAGGAGAAGGAGGCGUUCACGAGUGCAAUAUCACAUCAUCAUCCUCAGCCAGCGGGCCACAAAGAUCCAGUCAUUGGAGCAAGUCAAGUGCAGAGUAUCUGCCGAGGAUACCAGACAACAACCACCGCAAUGUAAAUUAAUAAAAAAAGACAAUCUAAUGAAACUCGUAUCUGUCCAGACGUAAGAACUGACAUUAUCUACAGCAAAACAGUCUUACAAAAAUAAAUAACCUUUAAAACCCCCAAAGCAAUUUCAACACAAAUAAGAGAAGCACAUUUACGAACUUUUAACCAGAAUCCAUUUGACUUGGAACUCUAGUGGACGACGAGGAGGAGUAGGACAAACAAAAAGUGGACAUCAAAGAGAAAAAUGAGGAAAUGCAAUAAAAGGCAAAAUGAAAUGAAACGAGAAAGCACAACAACACAAAAAUUACUAAUAAUAAAUCUUAAAGUAAGUUCGGAGAUUUAAAAAGCUGUAAACACUUGAGGAUACACCUGCGAUACGCUUGGAUUCGAAUUGGAACCAAGACCAAGUGAGCGAGAAAUAAAAUAUAAAAAUCAAUUUACAAGAAGUGUUGACAACUUUAAGGCGAACUCACACACACGCACAUCAAAGAACGCAUACACACAUAUUUAGAUAUAUGUACCCAAAGAAAGCAGCAGCAGAUCGAAGAAAACAUGUCGAAUUUACUUUUCAUGGAUGAAUCGAAUGGCAAUGGUGUGUAUGCAACGUCUGCGACAGCAAUUUUAAUCAACAAUACAAAUAUCAAUAAUAACAACAACAGCAGCAACAACAUUGGACGUGGUAACAACAAUCACAACAGCAAUAGCAACAACAACUCGAACAAUACACCACCCACUUCGAAUAACAAGAGCAAUAAUUACAACAAUAAUAAUAACAACAAUAACAACAGUAGUAGUGGCAGUGGCAACAAUAUCCACAAUUUAAUGGCAGCAGCUUCAAAUGCAGCCGGCACGGCUGCAUGUGCCAAUGGAGUCAUUCCUCCCCAGCUGCCCACAUCACUAUCAAAUGAAGAUCUCAGUCAAAGUCUUUCCGAAUACACGGAUGCCGAUGAAAGCAUAUCAGCACCGACAGAAUUCUUAGCCGAGUUUCUGUCUUCAGUCAUGCUCAAGGAUUACAAAAAAGCUUUAAAAUAUUGCAAGCUAAUUUUGCAGUACGAGCCACACAAUUCGACAGCAAAGGAAUUCUAUCCAUUGAUAUUGGACAAAUUACGUGGUGCCACCUCUAGUGACAGUGACGAAAACUACAAUAAAUCAUCUUCCUCACCGGAAUUAAUACUGGAAGCCCCAUCAUCAGAUCCUUCGGCGGGAGAAAGUGAUGAACAGGAAGCUUUGGCUGGUGAGGAAAAGCUACAUCGUCAGCAUAUACGGCGACCGCAUUUGCCAGACUUAGGUAUAGCUGAGGGCAUUUUAGAUCCCAAUUCAAAUGUGAGCAGCAACAGCAAUAGCAUUGAAGACGACGAUGAUGUGGACGAGGAGGAGGAAGAGGGUGCAGGUGGUGUUCUAAGCAGUGGCUCGGUAGGCGUUAGUCUAAGUGAUUCCGUAGAUGCUGAUGACGACGAGGAUGAUGGAGAAGAUGCUGACGACGACGAUGAUGAUGACCGUGACGAUGAUGACGAUGACAUCAUGAGCAGCAGUGGCGAUGAUUUGCCCGUUGAUGAACAUCAGGUCAUUGUGGGCGAUGUCCUGGACAUAGAUAACUCAGGUAAUGCAUGUGGCGGCGAAGGUGCUGAUGGUGUAGCUUUAAAUGGUUCAAAUUCAUCACGAAAUUCUUCGAGUGGUGGUAAAAUUAGUAGCCGCAGUGACAAUACGACACACUCGUAUUCGAGUUUAUUGCUGGAGGAAGAAGAUGAUAUAGUGCCUGCAAAUCUACACUUUCCCAAGGAUUUUAACACACCUGAUUUGGAUGUUAGCAAUGGUAAUAAAAUUCCCUCAACAUCCUGCAGUGAUUCGGAAUCGCCAACAGAACCGCUGACACAAAGAUUAGCAGCCAUUUUACGCUCAAAGUGUGGUGUUUCAAAUACUAAUGGUUAGAAAUACUCCCAACACCCCCUGAAUGGCAUAUAUGUUAAAAAAAAAUAUUAAGUGUAAAUGAAAUAUAUAAUAUAUAUACAAAAUAUGUCUAUAAUCCAAAAAUUGUAUAAACACACACUCACACACAGUAACACAGCAUUCAACAAUAUUUUUGGCUAACCUAUUAUUAUUAUUAUUGAAAUACUUUUAUCAAUUUAAUUUUUCUCUUUCUUUCAGUAAUAAUAAAAUUUAAUACAAACUAAAUUGUUAUCAUAUUCCAAUCAUUGUGGAAUAUAAUAAUAUAUAUAUUUUUGUUACAAUAACAACAUUUUGCACACACAUACACAUAACAAGAAAAUUAUAAAUGUUUAUGUGUAUUGAUAUUAAUCAACUUAUACUCAAUAUUAACUUUAUUAUAUACUAACUUACUUAAUAUCUCAAUUUUUGUCGACUUAUUUAAUUUAGAACAAUAUUUUACGGUACUUAUAUAUGAAAACACAUGUAUACUUAAUUCAACGUAUUUAUAGUCUAUCUAAUAUCGGAUGUACAGCUGCUGGUCGUCAACAUAACGAGUAAUGUUCUCAUAGUUUUAGUUUUUGUGUGUCUUAGUGUUGUUAACAAAUAUUUCAUGAAGAUGUAAAUUGGGCAUCAUAUUUUUUGAAAAUAUUUUGUUUUUUGAAACAUAUUCUAAUAACAAAAAUGAUAUUCCAGUUUUUUUUAGACUAGCAUGUUGACCAGUUAAAUUAUUAUUAUAUUUUUUUUUUAUUUAGAGAGCUUAUACACGGCCUAUAUAUGUAGAAGCCGAUUCAGAUAUUUGCUUUAAUAAUAUACACAUAUUUAUAUAAAUAUAUUUAGAUAUUAGGUUCUGCCUUGUCUACCUUAAUAUUUAUUUAGUUUAUUUAGCUAAUGACAAUGGAUAAAGAAGAAAUUCUUCAAUAUUGUAUGGAUUUAAUACAUGGUAUAAUAAUUACAGGUAGCAGCAAACCCCAGCUGAUUAGCCUAUAUAGUAAUACUAAUGUCAAAUUUCGAUAUGACGUUUUGUGAUUUAAUUCAAUUUCAGGAUAUACAAUAGGCAUACACUUUUUUAUAUAAAAUUUCAUUGCAGUUCAAAUUUAAAUAUUUUUUUACCUAAUAAGAGAAAAAAUGCUGUCAUACUUUGCAAAACACCAACAGCGAUGGUGCGGAAACUUUUUUUUCGCGGUAAAGGAACAGCUAACAGUUAUACAUUCAAAAGAAUGAUAUGAAAGCAUUAAAAUUAAAUAUUUUCUGCAUUUUAAAUUAAAAAAUUCGCAUUUAAAAAAAAGAUAAAUUUUCUAAAAUUAAAAUAAUUUAUGGGAAAAUAAAAACAUUUUUGGACAUAGGGUAAGUGUGCCUAAGUUCGGCAUGUCCCAGUAGUCGGCACUUUUUAUUUUUAAGCCCAAAUAAAUGAAACUUUUACAACUAAAUGUAUUUUGUUUGCUUCAAAUAUAUUGUCAGCUAUCUUUGUGUAGAAUUUCGCUAAUAAAAGAUGAAUUAUUCUAAUAAAAAUUAAAUUUUUGUCUGUGAAGGUCCUCAACAAUCCAUAUUCUUAAGAAAAGUACAGUAAAGACGUCGAAUCAGUUUAACUAAACAAAACUAUUAUAUUUUAAUGAAUUAAUUUAUUAUUAUUAUUAAUUAUUCUUACAAAAAAAAUUGGUAUGCCGACUGUUGGAACAUGCCAUACCGACAAUUGGCAAGUGGUGCCGACUACUGGCAAAAAAGCAUUGUUUUAAUAAAACUAAAAAUUUAUGAAAUUUAAUAAAAAGUUUUUAAAAAUUUAUUUGUUAUUGCAAAAACUAUACAAAAUUUCGAAUCUGAAUAAAUUUACUUUGUAAUAAUUGAAAAGCUCCACUCAGAAUGGUGAGCGAUUAAAAACGCGAAAAUCCUAAAAGUGCCGACUACUGGUACACCUACCCUAUAACUCUGAAACUUGUAUUACCUACAAAAACAAAUUUGUAUGUGUUUGUUAUUACGUUAGUUGUACAACAACAAUUGCUGUUAUCUUUAUUAUUCCAUGGAUCUAAUACAACAUUUUGUUGUUCCUCCCAAAAUAAGAGAGCUUUAGUUUAGAUUGCAUAAUUUUUAAUUUUUUUUUAAAUUUUAUUGAAUGAAAGCAAAAAAUAUCGGAAAUAGCAUCAAAUUUUAGAAUAAGUUUAGAUCUGUUCCAAUUGGCAACCUUUGGCACGAAUUAUGGCCUUCCAACGGCCAAUGAAACAAUCACACGCUGUCCGAAUGUUGUUCUGCGGUAUUUCGGCCCAUUUCCGGCGAAGCACUUGCUUGAGGUGAUCGACACAUUGGUAUUUUUUAGUGCCAACCUGGCUUUCCAAAAUACUCCAGACACAAUAGUCCAACGGAUUGGUAUCUGGAGAUUUUGGUGGCCAUUCUGCGCUGCAAACGAAGAGAGAAACCUCACGAUAAUAUUCGGCAUUUAUUCUGAUGCCACGGUCGAUUAAUAUGAGCGGAGAGCAACCAUCGGCACCAUCUCAUGGCCGGCGCUUGAGUUCUGGUGGCCAACCGAAGUUGCACAUUUUCAGCUGACCUCUUUGGCAAGUAAACACUACCAUUUUGUUUGUUUACAAACUGCUGGACAACGAAUGUUUUCUCAUCGGAGAAAACCAAAUUCGGCGGUUCAUCACUUUCGAUUAAGCGAAGGAACUUUUUAGCUCUUUUGAGUCUAUUUUCUUUCUGUUACGGUGUAAGUUCUUGCACUUUUUGGAAUUUCAAUGGCUUUACACCGAGCUCAUUUUUCAAUAUUUGGCGAAUGGAAUGUUGUGAUAUGUUCAGCUCACAAGCCAUUUUUCGGACACUUUACUCCUCGAAUCAUUUCUGCUGAUGUUGUUGUUUUCUUCCGUCCACUUCCUUGACGUCGGGCUACCAUACCAGUAUCACGGUAACGAGCGAUAGUACGAGACACAAAAGAAUAAUUCACAUUUAAAUGCUGGAAUGCUCUAACGAUAGCAACUUAUGGUUUUCCAGCCAAAUAUAAAGAAAUCACACUAUCACGCUUGAAUUCCAUCACGAAUAACUUUUUUUCUGGAAAAUUCUCACCAAAAAGCGAUUGUGAACAAUAUAUGGAGCUGUCACUUGAAUAAUUUUAACAUCUGUCGGUAGCUCAGAAAUGAUUGCAGUCUGAAGUUGGUUGCAGUUUUUUCAUCUCACCCUGUACACAGCUCGUAUAUAUGUGUGUGUAUUGUUUUGAAUUAAAAAUUAAAUAUUUAAAAAUUAUUUCAAAUUUAGAUGCAACAAAACUACAUAUUUUCCACUUUAACGGGCAACAAAAUGUAUUAUUUUGGAAUGAAACGACAUUGUCCCUAUGCCUGGGAUUCAAUUUUGUAGAGAAACCAUAAUAUAGUAAUUUUGUGAAAAAAGUAAAAUAAAAAAACCAAUUGUUGCAUGUCCUUAUUGACCUAGACCUAGGAACAUAUUUUAAUGUUGUAUUAUAAGGAUAUUUGAGCCUUAUCUAGGGGUAACGAUCGAUUUUGAAGGCCCUGGCCAUAUUUGCCAACGAAAGUGGCUGCAGUUUGAAAUUAUAAUAUGUACAACAUGGAAUGGCCCCUAUACAACGCUGUCCCCCGAAGACCCAUUUUUUGACGUUACUGGUAGAAAACUGUCCUUGGAAAUGUAUUCCAAUAUCAAUUUUCACUUUAAAAAAUUUUGAACUUAAUUCCAUUGAUGAAGAAAUGUCUAUUUAAUAUAUAUCCAAAAAUAUAUUGUAUAUUUCCCGCAUCCAUUGUCAAAAAGUAAUACAUUAAAGUAAAUUAUUUGCAUUAUACAAUAUAUUUAUGCAUAUUUUAGCCAAAGACUACAUAUGUAUUUAUAUUAAAGUAAAAAAUCUAUAUAUCACUCAUGUAAAGGAACUUUUUAACUAUUAGAAAAACAUAUCGUACAAACCUACAAAACAAAGACAAAAACCAAUAACACUUUAAAAACAAAACUCAACAUGAAAAAAAAUAUUAAACAUUUUUUGUACAGUUUUAUUUGUGCAAAAUAAGUAUUGGCAUAUUUUUUGAAAACCUUACCAUGUCCCAUUAACUUUUUUUGUAAACAAAAAAAAUCCAGGACUAUAAAAUCUAGAAUUAAAUAAAAAACAACAAUUUCCCAAUAUUACAGAAAUUCCUUCCCUCCCAGAAAAAAAAAAAAAUUAAAAAUGUAAAUGAAUCGAUCUAGACAAAACAAUUUUUGAGUGUCUAGUAUAAACACUGAAAAAACGCACUGACUUUAUUUAAAUGAUAUUACAGAAAUUCGAUUCCUAGAAUAGCCUGGAUAUUCUCAGAAAGUAAAAGAAAAAACGAAACAUUUAGAUAUAGAUAGUACUCAAUAAAGUACGCAAUACAUAAAAUGUAUGUAAAAAUUAUUAACUGCUAAACUCAAACAAUAUAUACACGAAGAAAACAAAAGAAAAUGUACCCAAAACUUAUAAAUGGUCCAAAACAAUAAUACUUUGAGAAAACUAAAAACAAAACUCUAACAUGAAUUAAAUGUACAUAUUUUUCGUAAAAGAAAAUUAAGAACUAAUAAUAAAAAGUGUACUCAAACCACAUAUAAAACCAAAUUAUAUAUGUAACAAAAUAAUCAUAUAUAAUGGCAGCAUAUACUACAAAACAAUACGGAGACACAAUAAAGCAAAAUAAAUAGAAAAUACAAAUUUAUAUUCUUGAAAAGUAAAAUCUACAUACAAACAUAUAUAACAACUUCAAUAGAAAACUAUAUACACACACGGUCCCAUUAUUAACAGAAAAUCCCCAAAACCCAAAAAAUUAAUAAAUACCUAAAAACAUAUAUUCAAAUAUUUAAUAAAACAGAACAAUAAUCAUAUUAAAAAAAAAAAACAGAAAACAAAAAUAAACUGAAUGAUUUAAUGAAACGAUAACAACAACCACAGCAGCAGCAACAUGAACAAAGAGUUUUAUAUAGAAAAUAGAAAGACUUAAAUGUUAGUGAAUAAGUUAAUGUUUUUUGUUAACACCAAUAACAACAGCAAACAUCUACAAAAUUGUACUGGCAAAUCAAAUAAAUCUCAUUUCAACAUAAACCGAAAAAUCUCAAAGGAAAAAUCCAAAUUAAAAUACAUAUAUUUUCUGUCUCAAAAAUCGAAAAUAUCCGAUAAGAAUCGAAUUGAAAUAUCUGUUUUGGUAUAUCAUCAGAUUUUUGGAAAUUAAUUGAACAACAUCAUGAUGUAAAUCGAUAAGAAAGAAAUUCAAAAAUAAAAACACACAUCUAAAGAAAGCUGGAA